AAUUGAUAGUUAAAAAUGUAUAAUUGAUAGUUAAAUAUUGAGAUAGUAUUUAUUAAUUGAAAUCUGAGAUAGUAAUUAGUUUUAUUUUGUAUGGUUUGUAAGAAGUGAUUUUAGGUUUAAUUUUCAUCUACAACCUUAAAUACUAUCAAUCAUUUUUAUCUUAAUUUUUAAAGUUACAAUAAAAAAACUAAAGGUACAACAAAAACACACAAAAAAUCUAACAUAUACUAAAAGGGUUAUAUGAGGAGUACAGAGUGUGUCCACGUAGAUAAAUUAAAUCUGCCAAUCAUAUGUUCCCGUUUUCCCACGUCAGCAUGGUUCUGAGUUCCUUUUAAACCAAAGUAAUAUGUCUUCUCCAAUUCUUGCACUUCAUUUUCAUGGUUACGAAUCCCUGCAAAUUUUGGCAUUUAAUUGAAGAUAUUUACAGAUCAAUUCUAUUGAGAUUCACAUAAAUUCGACGAUUCAUGUCCUAUAUCUCUCCAUCAUUCUUAAAAACCGUGAGGGUGAUCUCAACAUUGUAGCGCAAAUAAGCAAGCUCGGGGUUGGACAGGUGUACGCUGCCUCUGUGAUGUAUGUGUAUUUCCUGAAGCGGAUCGACCAAAGGUUUUAGCUCGAGAAGGCCAUGAAGAUUCUCCCAGGCGGGUCGGAUGAAGGUGAGACUAGCAUUGAGCAGGCGGGAAGGGAAGGAGAGAGAAGGUUCUAUGAAAAAACGGAAGAGACGUAUCAAGCUGUUUCCUCAAACCAAGAAGUUGGUUCGUUUGUGGGAGGGAUCAAUGCGAGGGGUGGUUCCAGCAGCGAAAUGAAACAGUCCCGGUUGAAGACGUACGUCAUGUCCUUUGACGGAGAAACUCUUCAGAGAUACGCUACAAUUAGAUCAAGAGAAGCGGUUGGUAUAAUUGAGAGGCACACAGAGGCGUUGUUUGGGAGGCCAGAGAUUGUGAUAACUCCGCAAGGCAUUGAUUCGUCCAAGGACGAGCAUAUACAGAUCAGUUUCAAGGGACCAAAGAGGCUUCUGUUGGAGGCUGUGACGUUUGGUUCGUUCCUAUGGGAUGUGGAGAGUCAUGUAGAUUCAAGGUAUCACUUCGUACUGAACGGUAUAUAUAAAGUUUUGACCUUUUGUGUGUGUUUUGUUGGUUUGUUGAAUAAGCUUUGUGUGUUAACAGAUAACAGAAAGUUUCGAGCUUUAUGUGUUCUGUGAAUCUAUCGCUUGAUCAAUCAUUGUAUGAGAAGCAGUUUUACUCUUUGUGUGUGG